AUGGGCAACUGGGUCGAGAACUUCUGGAUGCCGUUCGACCUGGCGGAGCCGGACUGUUCGCGGGACCUCGACGACUUCUCGGAGAAACUGGGCGGCGACUACGCGGCGGCGCUGCCCGUCGCGACGUGCGACGGCACCGACAUCGCGGUCGUCGGCGAGGCUUCGGAGAGUUGCGAGCUCGGCGCGACGUGCGACGACUGCGCGGCCUACGAGAUGAUGAUGGGCUGCGGCGGCGCGGAGUGCCCCGCGGCCGCCGAGCUCUGGGAUGGCAUCAACGUGGGCAUGCACGAGGCCAUGGCGCUGGACUUUAGCGGCGACCCGUCGCUGGACUUCGUGCGCGGCAUGAUCCCGCACCACGAGGGCGCGGUCGCCAUGUGCGACGCGCUGCUCAAGAAUCUCACGUGCGCGACGAACGACGACGACCUCGACGGGCUCGUCAUGUUCUGCAACGAGGUCCACUACUCGCAGGACAUGGAGAUCGCGGGCAUGCGGCGCUGGCUCGACGCGCGCGGGGACGACGAGGCCGCGUCGUGCGACGGCGAUCCCGCCGCGACGUCCGACGGCUGCGGCGCCAUCGCCGCGAACGCGUCCGCCGCGUCCGUCGAGGCGAACCGCGAGAUGCACGCGGGCAUGGCCGUCGACGUCGGCUGCGACCACGCCGUCGACUUCUCCCGCAUGAUGAUCCCGCACCACUCGGGCGCGGUCCGCAUGUGCGAGAUCCUCCUCGAGCACGAGCCGGACGUCGACGAUUAUUUGGAAAAUCUCUGUGCCAACAUCUCGCGCACGCAGCGGGCGGAGGUCGCCUGGCUCUACUACUGGCUCGAGGGCCGGGGCCUCGAUAUCGCGGCGCCCUGCGAGGCCUGCGACGACGACCCGGGGCAGCCGGAGCGGCCUUGCGAGGACAUGCUGUCCUCGUCGCUGCUCUGCAGCGUGCGGAGGGAUGCGGUGAGUUGCGACUGCGCCGCGCUCACGUCGCAGCGCGCCUGCGACGACGUCCUCGAGGAGACGCAGACGCUCGUGAGCGCCGAGUGCGAGCGCAGCUGCGGGCUCUGCCCGGACGAGCACGCGCCCCUCUUCUUCGACGCCUGUCCAAACGGGGCCGACGACGACGGCGGCCACCACCACCACCACCACCACGCCGACGACGACGACGUCGUCGCGGACGUCGCGGACGUCAGCGGAGCGGCCGCGGCGUCGCUCGCGCGCGGCGCCGCGCUCGCCGCGCUCCUCUUAAUUGCGAGAUGA